GUCAUCAUUCGUGGGUGGAACUGUGAAACCUUCCAAGUGUUUGUAAACUGAAUCCAGAGACAGGUAAGCAUUGAGGAGGAAGAAAGCAGUAUCCAUUUCAUGGAAACUGAAAGUGAAAGCAAAGAAAAUAGAUUGAGCUGGAGAGACGGAAAGACACACAAUAUCCACUGUCUCCAUUUGCAACAGAAGCUUCUCUAACACAGGCUGACACAAAGGAGUUAUGGACAGAGAGGACAGAGAUGUGAAGAGUCCUACUGGGGCGAUGCAGCUUAAAGACAACACCAAUGGAAAGUUGAGUCCUCCGCAACUCACACCAGCAAGACGGAAGCAAAAAGUUCAGCAGCAACAAUGUGCAGAGGAGGAAUCCACAGUGGACGAGGAGUCGACCUCCAUUACACCGGAGCUAAUCACCUGGAUCAAACACAAUGCUAAAGAGCUCAAGAUCCGGCAGACAGACCGUCGCUGGGCUGCAGAGAUGGUCAACGAUUUCCGAGACAACCUGCUCAAGUUCCUGCGGAGCAACACUGAUCAGCCUUUCUUCCAGUCAGCUGAGUUCCUCAACACUGGCAGCUACUUUGAGAAAGUUAAGAUCCACAACCCUGAUGAGUUUGACAUGAUGCUGAAGCUUCAGGCUCCAUCGCGCUUCAACAUGAAGGUGCUCGAUGACGGCCUCUUCUACCGGAUUGAUCUUGCCUGUCCCACUCGUGGCCCCAUACAUGCCUUUCUUCUGGAGAAAAAGCUCACCCUCUCAUCGAGCAAGAUCCUGAGUGAGAUGUACCGCCUGGUCCGCAAGUUCCUCAAGACCUACAAAGUGCCUGAUGAAUGCUGUCACUGGUUGGUGAACAGGAAGCGACCUUACUCGCCAGCUGUGACUUUGUCUCUGUGCAGAACUGAAAACAACACUGACGAGCUCAUCUCUGUGGACCUCGUUCCUGCUCUGGAGAUUCACUCCUCUCAAGGCUGGCCGCUUGCUGUGCGGAACGGUCCAGAUGUGGAUAACUGGCUGGGAAAGAAGGUUCGCCAAGAAAUCAGAAGUUUACCAUGUUACUUCGUACCAAAGAGGCUCAAAGGACGAAACCUCAGCGAGGAAGCCAAAGAAAGUUGGAGGAUUUCCUUCUCUCACGUUGAGAAGAAAAUCAUCACGAGCCACGGUAACAAGAAAACCUGCUGUGAGAGCAGUGCCACCAAAUGCUGCCGUAAACAGUGCUUGAUGCUCCUCAAGUCUCUCAUUGAAGGCCUGAAACAACGUUUCCCAAAAGAGCUGGAUGAUCUCUGCUCAUACCAUGGGAAGACUGCCUUCCUCCACACCCUGUCCAUCAGGUUCAAUGACUCCAUGUGGGCUCGCCAGCAGCUCCCCACCUGCUUCCUGCACCUCCUCGGGGCUCUGGAGGCCCACGCUCGCACAGCUUCCCUCCCUCACUUCUUUGUUGCUAAAUGCAACCUCUUCUCCCCGUCCGUCUUCCCCAAGAAAGGGCUGAUUUUCCUCAUCAACGCAUUGGAGGAGCAGAGGAGGGAGGGACUGCCCCUGCUGAAGCCUCCAGCUCCUGUCCCACCACCUAGACUGAGUCCUUCAGGAGACACCUCCUCUGAGUUAUCCGCUGAUCGGUCCUGUGAGAUAUCUGCUGGUCAUUCGUCCAUACUGACUGCAGUGAGCUCUCUGGACUCUGUAUUUAUGUAUAUACUGGUCCCUGUGUUUGCUGCAGCUUUUUUUUAUGUGUCUUGUUUUCUAUAUAAGUGAUGGUAAAUGUGGACACACACAGAAUUACAGACGCUGCCGCUUUUCGUGGAGUGUAUAAAUGAGGUGAAAUCAGGUAAUAGAAUGCAUUAUUCUUCAUCCAUCUUAUUUCAUUAGUGCUUAUAUCAAAUAGUAUUUCUUCUAUGGUGACAAAAGAGGUUUUAACAAUUUAUAACAUAAAGGAAAAGAUGUACCCUUGCCUUUUAUGCAGAUACGGACCAUUGUUGUUUUUUCUUUUUCAAAAAGACAAACCUUAGAAAAGUAUCAAUGUUUUGUGAAACAUGUAGUUUCUUUCAUCCCUUACUUCAAAUCAGACUGAUAUCAUCUCUUAGCAGGUCCUUUGUUUAUAAAUUUUCAGCAUUAAUUUAUAGUUAACUGUCGUCUGUCUCUGUGUCAGCCCUGUGAUAGUCUGGUGACCUGUCCAGGGUGUACCCCGCCCACUGUCAGCUGGAAUAGGCUCCCCCCCCCCCAGACCACUAACAGGAGAAGCUCCCCCCCCAGACCACUAACAGGAGAAGCUCCCCCCCAGACCACUAACAGGAGAAGCCGUUAUGGAAAAUGAAUGAAUGAAUAUAUUACACAUUAAUUACACAUUACAAUUUUUGCCAAUAUAUCCCCCUAAAUCCUACACAAUGGACCUUUAACCUCUGGUGUUGUGUGUGUGUGUAAAUCUUAGCUGAUGUUUUUUUUUUCGUCUAUUGUUUAGUCUGUAGCACUUUUUUCUACUGUGGAUUUUACUUCUACUCUUUGUGAAAGUGAAAAUGAAUUGAUAUAUUGUCAAACAUACCUCUGCUGAUGA